UUUUAUGACGCACAUGUGAAAAAUCAUUCCAGCGAAAAUUUUAUUGGUUCACAAACUUAGCGUUGGCGACCCACGUGAUCUCUGCUAUGCCAAAAAGAAAGUUCGAGCAUGUUUAUUCAGUAAUAUUUUGUUUAGUUACACAGCAAAGAGUACACAAAGCUUGAGUGCUUGUAGAAUAGUCUUCAGCGUUAGCCAUCUUCAAACAAAACCAAAAAGAUAUUUGUCGAAGAUUUGGUAUUACUUGACACGAAAAAAGUCCGAUUCCAUUUCACUUCAAACUUCUUUAUUUGGUCGAAGUGUGAAAAGUCGUAGCUAAUAGGCUCAUCCUUUGGUGCAACUUGUGGUGAAGAAUUUAAAGCGCCAGCUAAACGUCAUAGAAACGAAAAGCAAAGAUAACAAAAUGCAAUUACAUUUUCUUGACAUCAUACCGUGGUACAGUUUUCACUGGUUUGUUAUCUAUGGAUAUUUGGUGAAAAAUCGAGUUCAAGACCAUGCUCGUUCUAUAACAGAAAACUACAGAAAUGAAAAUUCCCAAUGACUACUCCUGUUCAUGGCAUCCAACAAUGAAAGAAACAUACCGGAUAAGUCACACUGCUCCUGCCUCAAACGAUGUAAUAUUUCUUGAUUGUAAAACGCUAGAAGUGCCAAAAGUAAAGCCUUGAUCGAAGUUGUAGCAAUUAUUGAUGUUAUUUUGAUCAUACUAACAAUUCUAGAGUUUUUACUUGGUGAAUAUGGCACGCAAGGACAGAUUUUUCAUGAGAGAGAAAGAAUUUUGUGUUGUUUAUUUGCUACGAAAACAUAAAAGAAUCAGAAAAUGGUCAAAGCAAAUUAAAAAACAGUCUCGUGAUUACAAAACCCCGAACGAAUUUAAUGAUGAGAGCACUUGGAAAAAUUUUAACAUUUCUGUCAAGGUUAUCAUUAAAGCGGAAAAUUUAUUGGAAAAAGCUUACCCUAAAACUUGUAAACGACAUGAAAUCUUUCAUUAUCAUCUUAAAACUGAUGAAUGUAUCCAAAAUGCGAUAAAAGCAACUGAAAUUUUUGGGGAAAUACAGGAACGCUCCAUUUUAGUCAUAGGAAGAGCAGGUAUUGGUAAAACUGUGUUGACUAGAAAACUUAUGCAUGAAUGGAAACACAGUAAAGAAGAAUUUUGGCAAGAUAAACUCGUUGUUUUAAUAAGAUGUUGUGCGUUAAAAAAGGGUUACAAUUCUGUCAAAGAUAUGUUGAGUGAAUGCGAUAAAGCUUCAAAUCAAGAUUUUGAACAAAUUUAUCAAUUUAUACAGGUCCAUCCUGAAAAAACCCUCCUUCUCAUUGACGGUGUUGAUGAACUGGACAAUGAUGAGCUAGAGCAGCCCUAUGUCAAAACGGUGUUCACAUGGUUAAGUGACCUGGUUGGAGGUAAACUGUUGCCUGAUGCCACUGUUCUGAUAACAUCACGACCCACAGCCGAAAAUAGAUAUCGUAUGUUACCUUUUGACCGGACUGUGGAGAUCGUGGGCUUUUUUGAUGACCAGAUUAAAAAAUGUGUCAACAAGAUUUCUAUUGAAAAUAAUGAUUUCUCUCACCAGAUUAUCAACUGCAUCGAGAGUUCUCUUGAGCUGAUUUGCUUGUGUUAUAUCCCCGCUAACACUAAAAUGAUCUGUCAGAUAUUAAACGAAAACUUCCGAAAGGAAUUAGAAGUUCCAAAGACUAUAACUGAGGUCUAUAAAAGAGCACUAAUAGAAUUCUAUAAUGAUCCGUGUGAAAAUGACAUGAAUGAAAUAAAACAUAUUGCAUACAAUAGAAUUGAUGGAAGAAGUUUAAUUUAUGAAAAAGAUGCCAGUGACCCUCGUAUCUUAAAAACAUCAAGUAUUUUUCAUGAAAUACCACGUACUGGUGUACGCCUUCUUUUCUGUUUUGAUCAUUUAACUCUUCAAGAGUUUCUUGCUGCCAAGCAUGUAGUUGAAGAUGAGAAAAACAUUGAAAAGUUUUUGGAGGAUAAUUGUAAAAAUCCUAAAUGGCAUUUGGUAAUACAGUUUGUAGCUGGUUUGGUUGGAGACAUGAAGAGAUCUGAAACAAAUACGAAAAAAUUAACAAAAGAUAUUGAACAAAGAUUUGAAAAAUGGAUCUCUCAUCUAUUUCGUGAUGACGGCGAUAAAGCACUUGGUUUUCUUGGCAUGAAGUGUUUAUACGAAAUGCAAGACAUUGAUGUGAUAAAGUCAGCUUGUACAAAAUUAAACUCCACGGAAAGUAACAUUGUAGAAAUACGUAAUGUUUCUUUUACGCCUUUGGAUUCUUUUAACUUAUGUAAAUUUAUAUCCAAAUGUGGGCACAUAGAAAAAAUUGUGCUUAUUUCGUGUAAAUUUGAUAAGCAAAGCUGUUUGGAGUUGGAAAACAAUUGUCCAAAGAGACACGGGAUAAUUGUAAAAGCUUAAUCUCUUUGCAAUUUGUAUCGUGUAUUCUUAAUCAUGAUUAUGAACUGAAGUGCAGAUUAUAAACGUAAUGAAUUGAAUAUUCGACUUAGCGAGCUAGGAGAUAACAAUUUCAGACAUCUUAGUAAAGCGUUAGAAAGUAAAAGUUAAAUAUAGAGUUAAUAGUCUAAGGUCUUAAACAUUUUUGUGUAGCUUUGCAAAGUAAUAUUUGUAAACUACCGAAUAAUAUACUGGUGUCAACGUGAAUUAUAUAGCAGAUCAAGGUGCUAAGUGUCUUAGUUAAUUAUUUCUCAUCCGUCUAUAACACGGGUUUUACAUAUUCAUUCAUUUCAUCCUUAAUACAUCUAUCUGUUAAAUCAUUUAAAAACUUCUUGAGAUCCACUUGUAAACUUAUUGUACAGAUAACGAUGCAAUUCUUUUUAAAUAGCUUUAAACAGCGAGACAUGUGAACUCAUAAAAUUGAGCAUUGAUUUGUUAUAACAAACUAAGUAAUAAUUUUAUUACAUCCUGUUAAUGUCAAUAAAUAUCUUGAACAAAGUUUACUUUUUAAGCAAGGUACUUAAAUACUAUGAAGUUUUAGACGUAAGCUUCACACAAGAGCACUGUGCAUUUCGAAGACGGUUUAAGAGUGUUUCUUUCAAGUAUAAUAUGAUUUAUGAUUUUUUAAGAUUUAGCCAUAUUAAGCAAUGUAUAGAGUGUAUAAAAAACCCUGCACAAAUAUUGUGAAUUGUAAUUAGAGUGUAUGUAUCUAAAGCGUGGGAAAGACAAAUACGAAACAAUGUUUUUUAUAAAUUUUGUGAUUAACUUUCCACAUAUUAAGUUUUUUUUGUAGAUCACUUAAAAACUUUUGCACUUGAAACUGGCUUUCACACAAAAUGUCUUUUUAUAUAAAAAACAUUUUGUCAUUAAAAAAAUAACCAUGAUUAUAUUAAAUUUUAUGUGACUCAAAGAUUAUGAAAGUGCUUAAUGGAAAAUUUAGCUGCAUUCUACCAAACAUACUCGAUGCAGUAGGUGAAUGAGUUGUGUGCGAGCCAGUUUCAAUUAUACAAAUUGAGUGAUCAUUUCCAUCAAUUAUGUACUCUGUAAAAAUAAUUACUUUUAUAGUAUUUCAUGAAAAUUUGUUGAUUUAACACCAAUUUUUGUAUUUUUUAUACUUUUUCUCAUUAAACUUCUGAAGUAAAACCAUAAUUACUCCAGCAAAAUAUAA